AUGGCAGAAGAGUACAACAAGUUUGUGCUCACUACUCCACAGCCUCCAGUUCCUGCGGCUAACGCAGCCGUGGGAGUUCAGAAUGCGCAUAAACAGUGGCAUAAGGCGAAUGAGAUGGCUAAGUGCUAUAUGUUGGUAUCUAUGUCUUCAGUACUCAAGCAUCAACAUUCUGCCAUGGCGACCGCCGCCGAGAUUAUGCAAAAUCUUGCAAAUCUUUUUGGUACUCAGAAUCAAACGGCUAAGUCUCAAGCCUUUCGGAGUAUGAUGACGAAGACUAUGAAGGAAGGCACAUCUAGUCUUCCCCCAAGCUUCCAACUGUUCAAGCUCAAUUUCGAGAUGAACAAGCGGGAUUACACUUUGGCUGAGCUUGCUGACUGA